AAAAAAAAAAAAAAAAGAGACCUCUGGAGGGAGACACUAAGCUGUGCAGGCUCUCAUCUUGAAGUCACCAAAUGCAUAAGUUGUUAUUCCUGCUCUGCCUCAGCUUUUCUUAGUGCCUGCAGUGUCUGCAAGUGGAAAUCCAGAGGAAGACAGAGAAACUGAGUUCUUGAGGAUGCAUUCACUAAAGAAAGUGACUUUUGAAGAUGUAGCUAUUGACUUCACUCAGGAAGAGUGGGCCAUGAUGGACACAUCCAAGAGAAAGCUGUACAGAGAUGUGAUGCUGGAAAAUAUCAGUCACUUGGUGUCCCUCGGGUACCAGAUAAGCAAAUCCUAUAUAAUUUUGCAGCUGGAGCAAGGAAAAGAGCUGUGGCGGGAAGGAAGAGAAUUUCUUCAAGGCCAGAAUCCAGACAUGGAAAGUGCGCUUAAGAAAAAACACAUGAUAUCCAUGCAUCCUAUCAUCAGAAAAGACGCACCUACCAGUAUGACAAUGGAGAACUCUCUCAUUCUGGAGGAUCCUUUUGAAUGUAAUGAUUCCGGAGAAGAUUGCACUCACAGUUCCACAAUAACUCAGUAUUUGUUAACUCAUAGUGGAAACAAACUCUACGUCAGCAAACAGUGUGGAAAAUCCCUUAGUAAUCAGUUGUCCCCUAAACCACAUAAACAAGUUCAUACUAAAGGUAAAUCAUAUCAAUGUAAUCUAUGUGAAAAGGCCUAUACUAAUGGCUUUCACCUUAGACGGCACAAGAUGAUUCACACUGGAGAGAGGCCAUAUGCAUGUCAUCUAUGUGGGAAAGCCUUCACUCAGUGUUCUCACCUUAGAAGACAUGUGAAAACUCACACGGGAGAGAGACCGUAUAAGUGUCAUCAAUGUGGGAAAGCCUUUAUUCAAUCCUUUAACCUUCGAAGACAUGAGAGAACUCACCUUGGAAGAAAGUGUUAUGAAUGUGAUAAAAGUGGGAAAGCCUUUAGUCAAAGCUCUGGCUUUAGAGGAAACAAAAGAAUUCACACUGGAGAGAAACCACAUGCUUGUCUUCUAUGUGGGAAGGCCUUCAGUCUAUCUUCCGACCUUAGAUGAUAUGAGAGAACACGCACUGGAGAAAAGCCAUAUGAAUGCCAUUUAAGUGGGAAAGCCUUCAGUCAAUGUACUAAUCUUAAAUAGCAUCAGAAAAUUCGUGCUGGAGAGAAAAUUAUAAACGUCUUCAGAACAUAUUCUGACUUUAGAUGACAUGGUGUUAGGAAUGACGAAUGUAAGGAAUGUGGAAGAGACUUCAGCUGUAGUUGUAGCAUCUAAACAUGCCAAAGGACUCACAUUUUGAAGAAAUACUGUAAUCAACAUGGAAGACACUUCAGUUACCUUUAUUCUUCAGUCCACAUCAAUAAAUUCAUAUGGAAGAGAAAUUGUAUGACAUGUAUGUACCAAAGACUUGUUAGUGAUCUGAUCAUAAAUGACAUGAGAGAGCUGAAACUGUCAACAUAAUAAACUAAAAGUCUUCAGCAACAGCUUUAACUUAAAACAUGUGGGACUUUCAGGUAGAGAAUCUCUAGCUCUGCACUCAGUGUGAAAAUGUUUUUAUUUGCAAUUUAUUGUCAAAUAACAUAAGAAAACUUUACUUGGAUAAACCCUUUAUUUGUAUUUUCUGUGAAUAAACAUUCAGCCAAGCACCAGGCUUGAUGUUCACAAGAAAACCCAGUGAUAAAAUGCUGCUAAAAUGGAAAAUAAGAGAGGAAAUCCUUUAUAAGCUAAAUAAGAAGGGAAAGUCUUUCCAAGCGCAAUGAAUUCUCUUGGAAUACCAACUACUUCUUACCGGAGAAGUUAGGCAAUGAAAAAUCAUGAGAAAUCCUUUCUUCAUAGAGCAACAAUUGUGGCACACGUGAGAUUUCACACUGAACAAAACGCAGCAUCUUGAAAGGAGAAAAUUCUUUAGUGAUAAUUCAUUUCUUAGUUGACAUUAAGUUUCUCACAUUAAGGAGCUGUCAAACUUGAAAAUCACUGUGGAGAAACCUGAUAGAUUUCUUAUCAGAAAAAUGAGUCAAGAAGGUGGACCUCUAGAAAAAACUCUUAACACGUACUUUAGCAAAAUAAUUCAGAAAUUUGAGAAAAUGUCUAUUCAUAAAAAUGUGGCACGUAAAUGUAUAAUAGCAAAGUGACCAGGGAAUAAAUUGAAUGCAGAAUUAUAUAAGAAAUCUCGUUAAACUUUUCCAAAAGAUCAAUACUUACAAAUAUUGAAAGAAUACAAUCGGUUGUUCAAAAAACUUAGUAUGUUGGCGAAGUCCUUGUUUCAUUUAUGUAGCCCUAACAAAUCGAUUUGCAUCUGCACUCCUUGGCUGAGAUUCUUGGUCGAGGUUCUACCCCAACUUCUGAGUCUCCCCAGUCUUCAACAGCUCUUUCCUCACAGCUCACCUCCCUUUACUGCAAUGUCCACUAAAAUCACUCGUUUCCAUCCAACCCUCGAGUUGACAAACCAGGGAUCUUCAGCCCCACUUGCCAGAUUUCUCAGGGUGUCAUUGCAUAGAUUUAGCAGGGAAACGGAGGCUGUAUCAAAGACACCUAGUAUAUGCAUUUGGGUGUCCCCAGGCCUUGCCUCUGUCUCUGAGCAGUUACCUGGGAUCAGAGAAUAAGGCAGCUCUUCUCUUCUAUCCCUCAGAAGGCUCUUGAAAUUUCAUCCCUGGAGCCUCUCUAACUGGAGGUAGCAGUUCAUCUCACGACACCCCACAUUUUAUUCAGCUAAGUCCUGAGUUAUUACACAGAGACAGACACAGCUGUGCUCCUUUUACUGCAUUCCAGAAGGUAGAACACCAGCAUGAUAAAACAGCUGAACCUGUCAGCCACCUUGCAAGCCUUUCCUAUAUUUGAUUCAAUGUACUUUUCCCAAAGAAAUAUGAAAGUUCUCACAGAGGGGGCCUCCUCUGCCUUGUCCUCAGAAUUGGAAAAUGUAUUGUCCAUCAAGGAGUCUCAGUACUGAACCUAAAACUCAAGAGAAAAUGUUUCCUGAGUAUCAAGUGGGAUGACUUGAAAUUUUGCCAAACAGGCACAAUCUUAAUACGAUAGGCCUUACUAAGUCUAAAUGGCCUUCUCCAUGGUUGAAAUUGACACAUCAUUAUAUUAAAAAAUCUCCACAAGUGAUUGAUUUUACUCUGCAGCCAGGGUUUAUGUCAAGUGUGAGGAUAAUGAGCAAGAAAUUCAAGCCCUUGGCAAACUGGUUGGAGAGGCAAGGACUGUGUCCAGGCAGAGCUCAUAUCAUUAUUUAUUGUUUAAUCUAUUUAAUUAAAUAUGUAAUUUACCCACAAACUGUGGCUGACAUUAUAUGUACUCCUGAGCCGCAUUAAGAUGUACUAUUUGUGCUGUGAAAUUCUACGGGAUUUGACAAAUGCAUGGUGGCAGAUCUCCAGCCAUUAUUAAAGUGUAACACAGAAUGCAUCUCUUAUUCAAGGUCGUCUUCCCUCCACAUAGAGGGAAUCAAUCGACUUUUGUAUACUGAUUUUUUAA